AUGAUUGUUCAUCGGUUUCCUGAACCAGGAUACAGCUUCCUACCCUGUGAUCGGUAUUUCGGCGUAAUAGAGAAGUUUAACAGAAAGAAGGAUUAUGUUUUCACUACAUCAGAAUAUGCCGAAUGUAUUCAGCAAGCAUCUAAGAACUUUAAAGUGAAUGUGGAGCAAAGUAUGAUUUUUAACUUUAGCCAACAUUUUGAAAAAGAUUUCAAAAAAGUUGUGACAAACACAGAGAGGGUUCGUUUUAAAAUUUCGCAAUAUCGAAUUUUUCAAAACAGUAAAGACCAUGCGCAAAAUAUAGCAGUGAGUGUUACAAUAGGAACGCCUGUAUUCGAUUAUUUUCCCAUAAUGAGGAAUGCUCAAACCGAACUGUCCGUUCAGCCUCAGAAACAGUGGUAUGAUCAAGCAUUGCCGUUGAAAAAGGCUAAAUACAAAGAUGUGAUGCAGCUGGUAAAGAACUACGUUCCACCAAAUAAGCUAUAUUUCUACAGGUUCCUUAAAAGUGAAGCUGUUGGACCGGCUGAUGAAAUUUCCAGCGAAGACGACGACGACCAAUGGAAAUGGAAUGGAAAUCGACCUUUAAAUUGA